CGAUGGCAUACUAGGUAUGGUCUUUGAUCCCUGUGUUACAAAAGAACUUCGGCAUGCGUCUUAAGUGCUAGUGAGAGAUUGUUAGAAUCAACCACUUAGGACUGUUGUGACUCGCAACUGGCGACUCGUGAGAAGGUGGAGUAGUUCACGGCACUUUGCGCUAGUUCCGGAAAGUCGUUCAAGUCUCGCACGAGGGGGGGCCCACGUGUGUUCAGCCGAAAGCCACGACAAGACCCAAGCAAGAAUGUUGGCUUCAGCUUUGUUGUCUUCCAUUUCGUAAUUGAGUUUGGUUCUCGAAGCCCGCAUGGAAAGGUAGCCUCCGUGACAUCGACGCUGGUAUGCUUUGGCAUCUGCAUGGAUCAUCGUCGACUAGGGUUCCCAAGGUUAGCUGUAGUCCAUUGCUCAGCUUUGGCCCCCAUUUGCUACCAAAAUAACCCGUUCAAAUCGAAUUUGUAUACGAUGGAGCCUACAGCUGUUAGUACAAAAGCCGAACGAAAAGGGUCUGCGCCAGUGAAGCGAAGAGUGAGUCGAGCUUGUGACCAUUGUCACCGAAUGCGAACACGAUGCAAUGGACAAGCACCCUGCUCGCGAUGUAUAGAACUCGAGUACGUUUGCCAGUAUGAUCGGGAAAAGAAGAGACGCGGAAAGGUACCGAGACAUAUUCAGAGACAGAGAACAGAAGCGGCGGCGGCAUCUUCGCAUAGUCUCCAGACUCCAAACGAUACACCGAUUCAACACACCAGCUACUCUGAGAGACCACGAAUGAUCUCCGAAUUGGAAGAGGACGUUUGGUCGCAUUCGGAACCGACUUCGGCAGUACAACAGCAUCCUUCCGGCAAACGCGUCUUUCAGAACAUGCUGUCUGGACAGCGGCAACCUAUGCACCCCGUCGGCCAGAUGUUUGACCAACCAGUCCACCAGACGAUGAUAGACCCUAUCAUGAUGGCUCCCGGUAUCAUCUAUCCGCCGAUACACACUCCACGAACGGAAGAGGUAAUACACGCCAUUCCAGGGAUGCGCAUGAUGCCAGGUUCUAUCGCAUCGGUAUACACGAAUACGGGAUUUCCUAUGCAGUUCAGCGCAAUUAGACGAUCAUCGCCGACCAACCACGGAUAUGUAGAUAAUGGGCCACCGUAUUCUGGUCUCAAUGUUGAAUCAGUAUACAACGGUAGUUUUACAUCGUGCAGAUAAUCCAUGGUGGUUCCGCAUCAUUCACCUGAGUUCAGUUGUGAGUGUUCCCAAAGCAUGUGCUCUUCUUGAACAUCACUUCGAAAGCUCUUCAACAAUACCCACGGAAAAAUAUGUCCAUGGAUUCGCCCACGAAAGCGUUUGAUACUACCUCAGUACGAUAUUCAUGAUGACGUCGUGGAGACAUCAUGACGGUAGUACACUUCAAAAGACCUUGUUGCUGCUUACACAUCUUUGACAUGGAGAAUUUCUACGCAUCCUAAAGGAA